AUGGCAUGUUCAAAUAACGAGAGCAGCGAGAAGAACAUUAUUGAAGAGGAAUUAUAUGACGAGGAUAUAAUUCUCACAUUGGUUCCAGUAGAAGACAAAGCUAAUGAGGAACAUCAAGCAUUUACAAAUGAAGAACAGAGUGUUUCUUCAACUGCAGAAGAAAAUCCUAGGAAAGGCAGGAAAGACAAAACUUCCCAUAUCCUUCCUUUGCCGACCAUUUUGCCUCCAAUUGAUCAAGUGCAUCGGGACACUUUGCGGAACUGGUGCCAACAACUUGGCAUAAGUACUGAUGGCCAGAAAAUGGAAGUUUAUGAGAGGAUCCUAAAAUACGCUUAUUGGGGAAGUAACCAGGUUAUUCCAAAAACAUCAAAGGAGGCCCGAUUGCACCCACGUUCAAGUAAAUGCAAGACAGACCCCAAGAAAGUAGGACUUAAUAAAAGCCAGAAGAUGAGCGAGAGAAAGGGGCAGAUGAAUAUAGUUGAAGUCGUAACUUCUGCUCAGGAAGCCAUGUUAGCAGCUUGGGCAAGACUUGCUUCAAGAACUGUUCAGCCGAAAUCUGUAAAUUCACAGCGGAUUCCUUCUUCUGUUGAGACUUUUCUCCCUCAAGCCUCCGGUGUCAGGUGGUGCGUGGUCCAUGGCAGACCUCUCUCAGCAGACACAAAGGGUUGGGUGCGCCUACAGUUCCAUGGAGGUCAGACUUGGGUACCUGCCACUUCCAGGAGGAUGAUUUCUCUCUUCCUGUUACCAGCUUGUACUUUCUCAUCCCCUGACCUGGAAGAUAAUAUGUUAUGCCCUGAAUGUGCUUCAAGGAAUAAGAAGCUGAUGAAAAGAUUAAUGGCACCCAAAAGGAAGAAAUGUUCGUUGAAGACACCAACACCAUUCCAUUUGGGAUUGGGCAAUGAAUAA